AUGGACUGUAACUGCGUGUCCGACCUGCUCCUCACCUCCCCGGUGCCGGCCCUCUGGACCCCAGGCUUCGCCUUCCCGGACUGGGCGUACAAGCCGGAGUCGAGCCCAGGCUCGCGGCAGAUCCAACUGUGGCACUUCAUCCUGGAGCUGCUGCAGAAGGAGGAGUACCAGAACGUCAUCGCCUGGCAGGGCGACUACGGCGAGUUCGUCAUCAAGGACCCCGACGAGGUGGCCCGGCUCUGGGGCAUCCGCAAGUGCAAGCCCCACAUGAACUACGACAAGCUGAGCCGGGCGCUGAGGUACUACUACAACAAGCGGAUCCUGCACAAGACCAAGGGCAAACGCUUCACCUACAAAUUCAACUUCAGCAAAGUGGUGCUGGUCAACUACCCGCUGCUCGAGGUGGGCGGCAGCUCGCCCUUCCUGCUGGCGCAGAGCCCCUUCACUGCCGGCGCGUCCAGCCCCGACUGCGCCACCCUCACCCCCGAGACCCUGCAGUCGCUGUUCUCCAGCCCGCGCCUGGCCGAGCCGCCGAGCCGCUCGCCGCUCUACGAGCGCCAGCCCGAGGCUGAGAAGCUGCGGCUGGACGCGGCGCUGCCCUUCCUCGGCUCAGGUGUCUCCGGCUACUCCAAGGCGCCGGCGCUGCUGGGGCCCUACGGCCGCGCGGCGCCCUUCCCCGAGUACCCGUGGGGCUGGGGGCCCUACGUGCCAGGGGCGCUGCCCCUCGGUGGCUCCAAGCUGCCCGCCGCCCUCUACUCGCCGCACUUCUACCCUGGGCUGGCACCGCUGCCGCCGCCGGAACCGGGACCGGGGCCGGGGCCAGGACCGGGGCCGGGGGCGCUGCCGGAGCCCGAUGUCACCGAGCCCGCCUCCGACUCGGAGCUGGAGAUCACGGACGGUGGCAGCAGCAGCUCGGAGAACGAGGCUGGCAGCCCCCUGCCGCUGUCUGGCCGCGGGCGCCCCAAGGGCCUGGCCCGCAGCUGA